AUGGCUGAUUUCGGUGGCCUCCCCACCCAUCUUCCAAAUACUGCGCCAGAGCCUUCGACGCUUGUCAAUGAGACAGAGCAGAAUUCACCAGAGAUCCCGGACCGGAAAGAGCUGAUCAAUAAAAAUGAGGAGAUACUGAUCGGACUGUCUGAAGCUACGUCUCAAUUAUCUGCCCCAUAUAUUCCCGGAACCUCGAUAAAACUAGAAACCGAUGAGGAUAUUGCCAAAUGGAUAGAAGACAGAAAGCGUAAUUGGCCGAGUAAAAAGAACAUAGAGCAAAAAAAGAAGCGACCAGCUCCUCCCGCAAUACCUCAUGAAUCGGCUCCAUCAAAACGGCCGCGCAAUGUAUGUCGCUUUUUUCAGCAGCAUGGUCGAUGCAAGUUUGGAAAGAAUUGCAAAAACGUUCAUGAAAGCUCUGGCGGCACCAAAAGUGGGAAUUCUUCAAAUAUCAAGACUAUUAACGACAUAACCGUAUCCAUUCCUCAAAGGUUUAAGAACGAUGAUUCACAGUCGUCGUUGUUCCGCAAGUUGAUCCAGAAAGACCACUUUGAGAAUGAAAAUGAGAAGGUUUUGGACUUCAUACUCUACCUACAACUGAAAAAUUUGGUGGACCAUAAUGUUACUAUGAAUAGUAAAGCCUAG